CUGUCACACGGGAUUAUCCUUUCCGGAUUUCUAACGUGGUGUUAUAAAUUUUUUGUGUGAUACUGCAUUAUCUGUGCGCAUUUGCAUCAUUUGGAUUCAAGGCCAAAAUCAAAGUAUCGUGUGUUAUCUUUCUAGAUUGACUGUGAAAAAGAACUAUAGCCGAAGACCGUAGUCAAUCUCGACGUUGUGACCGCUUCAGAUUUAAGGUCGAUCCGGAUCUGCAUAAGCGUGAGCACCGACUCGACCGCUAUUCAUUUAUAAGCUCCAGUGAGAAGUUGCGACCACCGCGUCGGUCGAAGUUAAUAACACAAGGAAAAGGAAGUCACGCGAUUGAGCUGCUCGGUAAUCUAACAGCAACGACUGGAGCAUGGCCGACGAAGGAUCUGACACAUCUAAAAGGGGUGAUAUCCUAGGGGACAGCAAUGCCGACAGCAAAGUGCCAGAUGAAACCGAAUGCGAUGAUGCUGAUAAAACUCCGAUCACGAUAACCACUACGAAAAAUGCUUUAAUAACGACGCAGCUGGGACCGUGCGAUGCUUAUCCGCAUCCUGUCAAAAUUUCGAUCGUGGGUGCAAGGAAAGUUGGAAUGGCUUGUGCUAUCGCAAUUCUGAUGAGACGGAUAGCGAGUGAGGUCUGUUUGAUCGAUCAAAAUUCAGACAAAGCUUCUGCCGAAGCCGAGGACAUUCAGCACGCUGGUAUCUUUCUGGGAUGCCCUCUGGUAGUUGGCACAUCAGAUAUCUACAAGGUACAGGAUUCGACGGUAGUAGUAAUUGCGGUUUGUGAAAAGAAACUUGAAGAGGAGGUGAAUGUCAAGCACAACAUCGAAGUAUUCAAGAGGAUCAUUCCUACAAUUGCAAAGUUGGCUUGCAAGGCGGUGUUACUAGUUGUGACUCAACCGAUCGACGUGAUGUCGUACAUCACCUGGAAGUUAUCCAAGUUUCCUUCAAGCAGAGUGCUUGGCACGGGGACUCUGCUUGAUAGCUGCAGGUUUCAGGAUUUACUGAGUCGGAAGUUGGGACUGGCGCGAACGUCAAUCAACUGCAUGAGUAUCGGCGCACAAGGCGACACAUCUGUUUCCAUAUGGUCGAGCGUUCACGUGGCGGGCACGAAGAUACGAGACAUAAACCCACGAACGGGAGAGGCGGAUGAUCCCGAGAAGUGGCGUGACAUUUCCGAAGCUGUAAAUAAAACCGACACGGAGCUUAAUCGGAAAAAGGGUGAGGGAGGACCGAACUGCUGGGCUCUCGGUUUCUGCACUGCUGAGAUCGUCGAUGCCAUUGUCAGGAAUACUAAAGUCGUAUUGCCAGUGUCGACGUACAUACACAGUUGUGCCCACGGGACCGAUAAAGACGUGUACAUGUCGGUACCCUGUGUUCUCGGUCGGGAAGGUGUGUACGCCACGGUGCGACAGAAGCUGAACGAUCAGGAAAAGACGGCGGUACAACAGUGCGCCGACAGCAUCCGCGGUGUGCUACGUGAGUGUGGCAUUCUUCGCGAGUCGAGCGACAUUGAAGAACGUAUCCUAUCUUAUAAGUGUAUCGUGGAUAUGACCGAAACGAGAAAGAAAUCACCUGAGGUAGCCAGCAAUACGGUAACUGUUUUACUGGCCAAACAGGCAGAACAUCUUGUGGAUGGCCAUCGUGUCAAGGUCGUCGUCGUGGGCAGUGCGCCUAAGGGUGUUGCGGUCGCUAUAGCGAUUCUAUUCAAACGCCUUGCCUCCGAGCUCGUCCUCAUAGAUGUGAACGAGGAUCUCGCCAAGGCGGAAGCAGAAGACAUCAGCCAUGCGGCAGCAUACCUCGGCAAUCCCAGGAUUGUCGGUACCAAAGAUUAUGCUUGUGCCAGAGACGCAGCGGUAUGCGUGAUCACAGUUGGAAGCCAGUCUCGUGAAGAUCUGCGGCCAGCCGAUUAUCUAGAGCAUAAUCUAAAAAUUUUCAAGGACGUCGUUCCUAACGUUUCCAAGUACGCGCCGAACAGCGUUCUUCUCAUUCUUUCAAAGCCAGUUGAUAUUCUAUCGUACGUUGCUAUGAAGCUGUCUGGUUUUCCACCAAAUCGUGUUAUAGGAUUGGGAACGUUUCUAGACAGCUGCAGAUUUCAGUAUUUUAUCGCUCAAAAACUCGGACUUUCAGCAAAUGCAAUUCAAGCGUUAAUCAUUGGUGAGAGCGGACCAGCUUCUGUACCGGUCUGGUCCGCUGUUGCGGUAAUGGGCAUGCCUUUAAAAGAUAUAAAUAAAGAGAUCGGCACAAGAACGGAUCCGGAAUCCUGGGGCGAUUUACAUGCGAAAGUUGUCAAUACCGAUAAUGAAUUGAUCCUCAAGAAAGGCUAUCACAGUUGGGCAGUUGGAAUCUGUGCAGGCGAAAUUGUUGAUGCUAUCGUGCGCAAUACUUGUGCUUGUUUUACUGUCUCUACAUUUAUGAAGGGUUGCCAACACGGACUGGAAAAGGAUAUCUUUACGUCAUUACCUUGUGUAGUAGGGAGAAACGGCGUACAAUCCUUUAUUCAUAUGUUAUAUACAUCUAAAGAGCAAGAAUUGAUGACGAUAUCUUUUCGAAGAAUUUAUGAGGCGCAAAAAUUGAUCCUUGACAAGAUUGAAUAAAUAAGAAACGGAAUUAAAGAAGUAUUUGUUGUACAAUUUUAUAAUUAACGUUAUUCAGUUGUAACCUAAAGUAUUAAAUACUGUCAACAAUUAAUGUGAGUAAAUUAUAUUUUAGUUCUAUGUUU